AUGUCUAAUAACCCAGAAGAAGAAUUACAAAGUUAAAUGUAAUAGAUCAUAGAAAAUGGGAUAUUAAAAAAUAUUGAAAACGUUUAGCUUAAGAAUAAAGUUCUUUAAAGUCUUUAGCUGAAACGAGUUUCAAAGUUAACAUUAAUUGGCAUAGACAUAAUCCUUGACUUAAAAUUUCGAGGUGGAGCUACACAACUAAAGGAUAAAUAUUCAAAAACAUACGUUAAGCUAUUCGCAUAAUUACCUUAACCAAAAGAUGAGAUCAUCAAUUAUAUUCUUUUCUUAAUAACCUAUAAUAUUCAUUGGUAUUUAUGGAAAGACGCAUAAUACAAGGAACAAGUGAACAUUAGAUUUGUAUAUGAUUGUUAUCAUAUUCUGAUAUUUUACUCCAAUGGAUUAUAUGUUUCGGAUGCAUAUAUAAGAGGAUAAAUAGAUAAAAUUUUCACAUCUAAAUUUUUAGAGUAUGAAAGAAUCUAAGAUCAGAUAAUAAUGUAAAAGAAGUUGGAAUAAAAGAGAAAGGCUCAGGAAAAAACAUUUUUAGGUAGGAAACUUAUGUUUCCUAAUUUAUCUGGAGAUGGAUUAACAUUUGCUAAACAUCUAAGUGAAAAAUUGAAGCCACAAAAAAUAUAACGAAAAGAUUCUACUAAAAUUGAAUAAUUUGAAGACCAGAAUGUGUAAGUAUCAGCGUAAACUAAAUAUUUACUUUCUCAUCUAUAGCUAAAUGUGAAUCAAGUUUCUCCCUCAGUAAAACUAGUAUUACAUAUGAACAAACCUCAAGUUCCAUUUUCAAGACCAAAGAUGCUCUAGCAUAAUUUUGAAAAGUCAGAUGAAAAACUUAAAUUUGUUGGAUUGCUUAACAAUCAACCUUAAGUCUAAAAAAAAUAAGACAUCAAAUAUACUUAGAAUAUCUUAGACAAGUUUAAUUUGAGAGCUCCUCCAAAGGAGUAUUAUUAAAAAUUUGCAAAGGUAGAUCCUUUAUUUAAAGAAAUGUUGGAAUUGAAUUAUGUACUUAACAACCAUUAAGAGAGUCUUCAUGAUUUAUAUUAAUUCAAGGAGUUGGGACAAUAUGAAGUUUAGAUGCCUUUAUCUGAAGAGUCUCCAUCAGAUCAAUAAAUUCAAAAUAAGUCAUAAUUUGAUAUUCCUGAUGAGGGACUCAAUACUUAGCCUCCCUAGACAGAAUAACCCCAAAUAACUUUACCACAAGUUUAAGGAGAAUAAAAUUUUAAAGUUUCAGAAUCAUUAAAUUUACUUGAUCAGAGAUUUUAGUAGUAAUAGAAAUAAACUGUUCCUCUUUAUUAGUCUAAAUAGAAGGAAUAUAAACAAAAAUAUGACAGAUUUAUAUAGUCUGAAAGCACAGAUAAUAAAAUAAAUAGCAUUUAUGUUGAUCUUCAAAAGAAGUAACAUGUUUUAAUGAGUCAUCACCAUAAGAGUUCUAGAAGAAAAUGA